UUCUGCUGACCCAUGACCUGACAGGACGUAGUCACACGUGCGCAGCUGUUGGGAACUGUUCACAAGUCCAGGAUCGCAAACCAACAACUCACAACAAUAGGCCUAACCACACCAUUAUAAAGGAACGCACUAAACAACAAGGCCUAGGAGAAUGGCGAAGAGCAUGCGCAGCAAAAGGAAGAGGAUGUUCCGUGCCCUGAAGAGGGAGAAGUACGCCAAGAAAGAGCUGGUGAAGCUGAAACAGCUGCUGGGUGUGGGGGAUCAGGAGAUGAAGGAGGCCGGCAGCACUGAGGCGGGAGGUCAGAGCGGGGCAACAGAGGGGAGCGAUAAAACUACACAAGGGUCUGCAAGUACUGAGGACACCAGCAUGGAGGUUGUUAGUGAAGAAACCGGCAAGAUGGAUGUUGACCGGAAGACGUCCGGGAAGAAAAAUAUUUCCAUGAAGGACCUUCGAGAUGAACACGGCACCUACCCCGUCUGGGUCAGCGGCAGACAGAUUAAGAAAGCCAAGGCCAGAAGACAAGGGAAGAAGGCAAAAAGAGCGGGGAAGGGGAGACGCACGGCCAAGGGGAAAGGGCUAGAGUGGUAGCCUGGACAUCACUGGAUCGAAUUUGAACAAAAAGACA